UCAGUACUAGUCAAAUACAAGGAACAGGUCAUAGCCAACAGCUGCAAUUGUCCACUCGUUACCUGCCAUGACAGACAUCAGAGAAAGUACUACUGCGGACUCCCUCAUUAUGCUGCGGACUCUCACUUUUUGAGGGUGGCUACGGCAGUUAAAUUUCUUCAGAAUCCAAGAGUGCAACAAAGUUCACUUAAUCAACGAAAGACCUUUCUGAUAAAGAAAGGUUUGACAGAACUUGAGGUGAAGACUGCACUGCAGAGAUCUGGUUUGGAAAAUAUUCAGACUUCCUCUUCGGGCAAUGGAAUAUCAGCUGUGGUGCCAUUAAACGCUCAUAUGCAGGAUCGCUUGGCACCUGCAGUAUCACAACCUGCUGUGCGUCACAAGCGCUUGUCCGAUUAUGCUGUGUUUAUUGUCCUGGGGGCGAGUGCAUCAUACAGUGUCUACUGGCUCAUUGAGAAAUACGUCGCACCCUACUUGAGAGGCAAGUUAUCGCAUCAAGAGGAGCAGCUGAUCGUGAUCGACAAGAAAGUAACAGAGUUAGAGGCGAGUGUCAGUGAGUCGAUGGGACAGCUGCAGGAAACACUGAAGACCAUGCAGGAUGUGAUAUUACGGCAACAGCAGCAGUUGCAACAGCUGUGCAGUUCAUCCACAAGUUCGAUUGUGCAACCAGUGGUGCUGGAACAGCAGUUUGGUGACAUUAAAACCGAGAUUAUGUCAUUGAAGGGCAUUCUGUUGAACAGGAAGCAGUUUGCAGCCGUACCGUCGCCUACACCGCUGAUUCCUGCAUGGCAGUUACCACAACAGGACAACAUCGUUGCCGAAUCUGUGGACAAUUGUGUUCCCACUAAUCAAGGACAAAGUUUCAGUGAGAAUAACAGUACGACAACUAGCCAGGUGAAUGGAGAGGAGCAUUCUACAGAGACCAGCUCCAGCUCAAUUGCCAAUGUAGAAUCCAAUGUCGGUGUUAAGGUCGAUCCCAACGCUAAUGUAGGGGUAAACGUUGUAGAAGGCGCUGUGUAGGGUUGAUGGAAAUCUACAUCUAGCUGCACAGUUUGGUGGCAUACUACGCAUCCAUCGUCUACAGCAGCUGAGCAGCAGAUGGCAUAACUACAAGUCUAGUUAUCACUGUGAUAGUUUGCAUGUAACUUUUGUUGUAGCACAUUGGCUUUUGUACAUGUGACUGGCGUACGUAGUGUGGGCACUUUGAAAUGUGCUGGACUGGGACAUAGUUUUCUUAGUAAUGUGCUUUAAUUGUGAAUGAUUUCGUAUUCAUAUUGUAUUAUAUCAUUCAUCUGAUUGGAAAGUCAAGUAAUUUGGCUCUUUUGUAAUAAAUAAUUGUUUCAUUGUUACUUAUGUAAUUGACCUGUCUAACUGGCCGCUUGCUCCACAGAUGGCUUUAGCCACUUAGCAUUGUGACAGGACAUUCUAAAUCCGAUUAGUAACGAAGCGGCGCAAAGUUGACAAAUGUGGAUUUAUACGUACAAAUCUGGUGAGCAUGAUUAACCUAGAAACAAUAUCCAAGGCAGCGUGGUUUUCUCGGUAAGGUAAAUAGAUCCUGAAACAUGGCAUGAAAACGUGAAACAAAAAAAACUUUCCAUGAGAACUAUAAUGUGCUUAAUAACUGUACAUGCUCCUAUAUCCGUAAUUAAAUUAUGCUACAAUCCAUUUAUGGCAAGUUCCACGCAUAUCCUGAAUACAUCUAACGUUAAUGAUUACCGCUCCUGAUCGUAACGGCCGCUAGAGGGCCUACUCACCAGAGCGUUAACCCCUUACUAUAUGAAAGUGGGUGGCUGCUGACUGAGCCAGACCGGCCAAUGAGUGAGCAGGUCGGAGCGACUGUGAUUAGGUCGUCCAAUCAGCGAGCAGGCUUUUGCCUGAUGUCAUUUCUCAAGUUAUUCAAGUUGAAUUUAUAACUGCAAUUAGUGCACGCUUCUGCCAAAGCCAUUAACUAGAUUGUUUCCAUUCAUCAGGUAUAUUCGCCUAGAAAGUUUUGCCUUAGAAGUUUUGCCGUAUUUACUUUGUACGCUCGAUUGCUCGCCGCUAAUCAGAUUCCCCGCCAUAACAACCGGUCGAUCGAUAACGAGGCUUGCAAACCGCUGGCGAGGCGCUCGCUUACAGGCGUUAGUGUAACCGUGCGGAACAUUACGACUGUAUUAUACAGGUUAGAAUACAUCCUACACGUUCAUGGUCACAUCAUUGGGCCAACACUGUUACUGAUUGCAGAUAAUAAUUGGGCUAGUUUCCAAUGUUUAUGUGAAAAUAUUACCGUAGGUGACGGUAUAGACACCUUACAAUAUUGCAAACAAAUAAAAGUGAGAGUCCAUAGAAAGAUA